UUGUAUUCGUGAAGCACGCUGAUCGCGCAACACAACCAACGAUGGCCGCAUCGUCAGUUGCUAGUACGGAACCCGUCGGUUCGGACGUCGGUUCCCGCGGUGCCGUGUAUCGUUAGCCAACGGUGACAACAGUUCGACAAUUCUCCCUCCCCCUUUCCCAACAGCAAAACAAUGGCCCUUCCCGUGGAACAGACCGGUGGUGAUCGGCGGCUUAGCACAAACAUCGAACUACCGGACCCCUCGCUGCCGGCGGUCAUACCGAACGUGAAUGUGUACCAGCAGAAGAAAACCCUGGCCCAGGGCAUGAUGGAUCUGGCGCUCCUCUCGGCCAACGCCAAUCAACUGCGCUACGUGCUCGAGACGUACGAACGGCAUCCGUACCACAUCUUCAGCAUCGUGUUCAUCUCCAUCAGUCUUCUGGUGCAGGUCGGGGUCGGCAUUGGUCUCAUCAUGAACAGUCGCUACGACGUUAAUGACAAGAAGGAGAUUUGCAAGGCGAACAAGAUCAACGACUACAUUACGAUCGGCAUUUUUGUGAUCACGCUGGUCAACGUGCUGAUCUCGGCCUUCGGUGUUGCACCACGAGCGACCUAGAGAGCAAUAAAGAUGCGUACUCCUCCCGCCAAUCCGCCCGCACCUAGCACUCUACCUGGUUGAGAGAGAAAAAAAAAGAAACAAACAUAAUGUCCCCCCCCUUCCACAAU